AUGGAACAAUCAUACUCCUCAGCUACUCCUCCAACCAUGAUGCCUUCGAUUAAACCAUUCAAAGCAAAUACAUCUCCGAAUCCAUUUGUUAUUGAAAAUAAGAAACGAGAGGAAAAAUAUAAACCAAUUGUGAUGUAUAAAUGUGGAGCAUGCGGAAUGGAGAGCAACAAGUUUCUUGCAUGUGCCUCCUGUCAAAGUAAAUUAAUGUACAAAAAACGAACACCAAGAUUUAUUCAUCACGAUACGAAUUAA